AUGUGGGGCGUUCUCAUAUUCCUGAGGUUCUUCUACGUAGUCGGCAAUGCUGGUGUUGGCGAGGCAUGCUUGGCCGUGGUCCUCUCCUUCAUCGUAGCUUUCUGUACAACCUCUUGCCUCAGUGCUAUUGCCUCAUCUGGCGGUGUGGUCUCUGAGGGUGGCCCUUAUCAUAUGCUAUCGAGGUCCCUAGGGGCAUACGCUGGGGCUAGUGUUGGUAUUACCUACUACCUUGGCUUUGCUCUCCUAGGUGUACUAGAGUCUGUUGGUGCUAUUGAUGCAUUGGCUAUGGCUGUCCCCGAUCUCAUCAGCAUACCCGGGUAUCACCAAAUAUUCGGUGGAUCUCUGGUCCUUAUCUUAAACGUAGUGGUCUGGGGUGGUAUCCACGUAGUCACCAAACUCGGGGUCUUCUUCGUGGUGGUAGUAUCUCUGACCAUCCUCAUGUUUUAUGUUGGGAUAUUCGUGUCACCACAGAGUGAGGCUAUACAAUUGGCUGGUGUCACCGGUCUCAGCGCAUCGACCCUUGGCAACAACCUUGGGCCCUCUUACGAUGAUGGUGUUCGCUUUGGUACAGUGUUAUCGAUAGUUUUCCCGUGCUUCACUGGAAUAUUAUCGGGAGCUAAUCGUGCUGAUGUCCUACGAGAUCCACCCAAGAACAUCAGAAAUGGCACUUUUGGAGCUAUCACGAUUUCCCUCUUCAUGUACUUAUCUUUCAUGUUCCUUUGGGGUGCUGUAGCCACUAGUGACUAUCUCAAGCAUGGUCCUCCUGCUGCUGCUACUCAUCUUCGUCGACUCGUAGGAGUUGAUAAUGAGGAGGCUAGGACGAUCGUUGGGCAGAUCGUAUGGCCCCAUAGGAUACCAGCAUACGUUGGUAUAUUCAUCUCAUCGGUAUCGCAGGCUCUUCAGUGCUUCACAGUGGCGCCUAGGCUCAUGCAGUCCAUUGCUGCUGAUAACCUGCUGCCUCUACUAAGGCCUAUAAGCGUACUCAAUCGUAAACGAGAGCCGGCCAGGGGGAUUCUGGUCACCGCAAUUUUGUCUAUUGCUCUCUCUAUGAUUGGAAAUCUCGAUCUGAUAGCACCACUUCUGACGAUGUGCUUCCUGGUCUGCUAUGCCUUUAUGAAUGUGUCAUGCUUGAUGCUCACCUUACUCAAAUCACCGACAUGGAGGCCCGCUGGAAUCUUUAGGAAGCGCUUCCGGUUGUGGUAUAUAAUCUCAUCAUUCGUGGGUGUUGUCGCUUCCCUCGCGGUGAUGAUAAUAGUAUCUGUUUAUUGGACCAUCGGCGUAUUGGUUCUGGCAGCGCUACUUUAUCUCUAUCUCGAUUGGGUAGGAGCCGAAGCUGAAUGGGGCAGUGGCUUCGCUGGUUUACGUUAUAACUUCGCCCUGGCCGCCUUACUAGGGCUACAGGAGAAAAUUCACAAUAGAAUCAAUUGGAGACCUCAGGUCCUUGUGCUAUAUCAAGCUGGUUGCGAUGCUGCUUAUUCGGAUGAAGAUCAGGAGGAGCACACCCACUCGGGGGCGCGCUGUCAUGAUCUGCUUCGUUUCUAUGGUCAAAUGAGGAAGGGCCGCGGCAUGUGUAUAGCCUCGGCCAUAGUCGUAGAUGGUGACGAUAAGAGGGUCGCGGCUGAGAGGAAACGGGUUGCCGAAGUGAUGGCUAAGGAGUCUUUACAGGGCUUUGCAGAUGUCGUUGUAGCACCAUCAUUUGGGGAGGGUUCAUCGUAUGCAGUGCAGUUAGCUGGAAUUGGAGGUCUACGGCCCAACUCGGUCCUCUUGUCCUGGCCCUCGGACUGGCAGGGCCAUCCUGAUGCUGCAUAUGAGUUCGUACGGCUACUACAGUUUGCCACCAAUACAGGGAAGGCGAUCAUGUGUGUUAAGAACAUAUCGUUUAUGCCUGUGGGGGAAAGGGCCAUACCUAUGAACGGCACGAUAGAUGUAUGGUGGAUGAUCCAUGAUGGAGGCUUCCUACUACUAUGUGCUCACUUCCUCAAACAGCAUAAAGUGUGGAGAGGAUGUCAGGUUAGGGUGUUGCUGGUCAUGGAGCACGCGGACGAUGAGGCAACAGAAACUGCCAAGAGUAAUUUGAGGAAAUUGCUGAGGGCUCAUAAACUACUAGAUGAUGUCGUCAUUGAAGUCGUGGUCCUAAACGAUGAUGCUAUGAUAGAACCUUAUACCUAUGAUUGGACGAUUAAGGUCACCAACAGAGGGGAAGACUUUGCGGCCAAGGAGAUGGGCUUCAAAAGACAAAAUACUCUCCCGACCAGUCUAGAUGAUCUCUUCAAUGGAGUACUUCCAGGGGAGCAGCACCAAGUGGCCUCCAGUCUGCCGCAUCACCCCUCCCGACAGAAACGUCGUGUACCAACCAUUAAGGCCUUCGAUGAGGAACUCGAAUGGAGCAACGAAUCAGAUCUUUUGUCCAACGUUCACAAUAAGAUUCAAGAGCGUCGAAGCUACAUGGACCGCCUAGCACAAGUCAACGCCUUCAGUUCGAACUCCCAAUCCGGCAAUUCCCUCAAGGUCCCGUCUGGAGCUGCUUCCCAGCGUCAACCAGUGGCUCAUCCUAACAGCGCAAGGCCGUACAUGAGGAUGAACGCAAUGAUAGCGGAGCGAAGCAAAGACAGUGCUUUGGUGAUGAUGAAUAUGCCGGAUAUAUGGUCAACGGAGACUCAGAAGGAUUGUGCCUCCUAUAUGGCCUAUUGCGACUGUCUUACCAAGUCGCUUGAUCGGGUUUUGUUACUACACUCUACUGGAAUGGAGGUCUUCACUCGCUUUUGAUAGUCAUUCGGCACCACGGGAAUUGUGUUAAUAUCUGUAAACAUUAUUUUCGAUCAUUUCUUGAGGUCUUGUCGCGAAGAGCCAUCUCUCGUGCUGGGCCUCGAUGACAAUAGUAGAGUCUUUGUUGUUAUGUUAUUCAUGCUUUAAGAAGCGGCAUUAUUAGGCUUUUCAGAACUAUUAUCGAAUGAAGCUGUUGUAUCAUUAUCAUCAUCAGCCCUCAAGAGGCCGAA